CGCGUUUCACAGCCUGGAGCUCUUCAUUGCGUCGCCGCUGCUCUGUCGCCCACCGCCGUCCCAGCAGACUCCCUGCCGCAAAGCGAGCUGCUGCCCGCCGCCGCCCUCGCCUCGCCACCGCCCCGAACCCUCGUUGUGCGAGUAAGCCGCCGCCGCGCCUUCCUCAAUAGGCCGACAAUAACUUAGUACACGACACCUUGCACUUUAUACUGCACCUUUACUUUAUACGGCACCUUUGGCUUUACACCGCGGCGCCGACCGCCCUGACCGCCUGACCGCCUGAUCGCAGCUGGCUGCGUCUCCCAGCGCUGCUGUCCUCUUCGUCCGACAACCUCCUCCUCGCCCCUUCUCUGCCGUCCGCCAUGCGCCUGCUCGACCUCCUCAGCGUGCUGUCGGCCGCCUCGCUGGCCGCCGCCGCACACCACCUGCCCAAGCGCAACUACGUAACCAGCGACUACUACGCCCUGCACGUCGCCCCGUCCGCCUCGCCCGCCGACCUCGCCGACCUGCUCGGCCUGACCUACGAGGGCCCCUUUGGCUCCCUCGACGACCACCACGUCUUCAAGGCCCCCAAGCACGACGGUGACAUCGUCCAGGAUGCCCGGCAGGAGCUGAAGCGCCGCCGGCGGAAGCGCGAGCUCGGCCCUGAAUACCACCCGCUCGACAGCAUCCACUUCGCCCAGAAGCAGAAGCUCAAGCCCCGCCAUUGGAAGCGCAGCGUCAUCCCCGCCCGCCAGGACGUCAACGAAGCCAUCAACACACAGCGCGAGGUCGCCAAGUCGCUGAGCAUCCAAGACCCCAUUUUCAACGAGCAGUGGCACAUCUUCAACGUCAAGACCCCCGGCAACGACAUGAACAUCACCGACGUGUGGAUGCAGGGCAUCACGGGCAAGGGCGUCACGGCCUGUGUUGUCGACGACGGACUCGACUACGACAGCGGCGACCUCAAGGACAACUUCUUCGCAGAAGGCUCGCACGACUUCAACGACAACGAAGACCUGCCCACCCCGAAGCUCUCUGAUGACAGGCACGGCACACGGUGCGCUGGCGAGAUUGCUGCCGGGAAGAACAACGUCUGCGGUGUUGGUCUGGCGUACGACGCAAAGAUCUCUGGUGUGCGCAUUCUCUCGGGCCAGAUCACAGACAUGGACGAAGCGCUGGCCAUCAACUACGAGAUGCAGAAGAACGACAUUUACUCGUGCUCGUGGGGCCCCCCAGACGACGGCAAGACUAUGCAAGCACCGGGCGUCCUGAUUGAGAAGGCCAUGGUAACGGCUGUGCAACAAGGGCGUGGUGGCAAGGGCUCUGUCUACGUCUUUGCCGCUGGCAACGGUGCCGCGAGCGAUGACAACUGCAACUUUGAUGGCUACACGAACAGCAUCUACAGCAUCACCGUGGGCGCCAUCGACAUGCACAACCAGCACCCCUACUACUCAGAGGCUUGCUCCGCGCAGCUGGUCGUCACCUACAGCAGUGGAGGCGGUGAUGCAAUCCACACCACAGACGUUGGCGCCAACAAAUGCACAAGUCAGCACGGCGGUACCUCAGCUGCUGGUCCUCUCGGCGUCGGAGUGUAUGCUCUGGUGCUGCAGGCUCGCCCUGAACUCACCUGGCGUGACGUGCAGUGGCUGACUGUACUGACAGCUGUGCCUUUCGACACACCCAGCGACUGGACAAAGACUGCCCUCGACCGCAUGUACAGCCACCAGUUUGGCUAUGGAAAACUUGACGCAUGGGCCAUCGUGGAAAUGGCCAAGACUUGGAAACUUGUCAAGCCUCAAGCCUGGUUCUACUCCCCGUGGAUGCAUGUCAAGAAGGCAAUUCCCGAGGGCAAAGAAGGUCUUGCAAGUGUAUUUGAGGUUACUGGCGAUAUGCUCAAGGGCGCCAACUUCGAGCGCGUGGAACACAUCACUCUAACCAUGAACGUCAAGCACCAACGGCGUGGCGAUCUCAGCGUCGAGUUGAUCUCCCCGGCCGGCAUGAGCUCCCAUCUCUCGACUGCCCGCCGCGAUGAUGAGGACAUUCGUGGCUACGAAGACUGGACCUUCAUGUCUGUCGCUCACUGGGGCGAAUCCGGCAUUGGAAACUGGACAGUCAUCAUCAAAGACACCGUCGCCAAUAACAAGAAGACUGGCAGCCUGACGGACUGGAAGUUGCGUCUCUGGGGCGAGUGUAUCGACUCCUCCAAGGCUACCCUUCGUCCUAUCCCCACCGAACACGACGACGACGACCACGACAAGAUUGAGGACCAUCCUGCACACACCACCUCAGUCGCGCUGCCCAGCUCCAAGCCGACCGUCACAUCGAACCCCACUGACCACCCCGAUCGCCCUGUGAAUCAGAAGCCGACAGACGCUGCCGAAGCAUCUGCCACGACAGAAGCAACACCAACACCUUCGGCAUCCCCCACCGGCGCACCGGAAAACGAGAACGAGAGCCUUCUUCCUUCCAUCUUCCCCACGUUCGGUGUCUCGCGCCGCACGCAGAUCUGGAUCUACGGGUCGCUCGCCCUCAUCCUAGUCUUUGUGGCCGGACUCGGCGCCUACUUCUACAUUGCGCGGCGCAAGCAGCAAAAGUCAUCGCGUGACGCUUACGAGUUCGAGGUGCUCGAUGACGUCGAGGACCGUGAAGAGACGGGCAUGCUUAGCGGCGCAGCCGCGAAGAAGAAGGGUCGCGCGAGGAGAGGUGGAGAGUUGUACGAUGCGUUUGCUGGUGAGAGCGACGAGGACCUGCUCAGCGAUAGCGACGGUGGAGAUGAGGGGCCGUAUCGCGACCAGGAGAGGUUCAACGAGAAGCACGGCAAGCGCGAUGACGAUGACGGGAGCGAGGUCAGUGGAAGCUCGGCCGGGAGACGGAAGGAGUAGACGAGACGACGACGAGCUUGACUAGAGACGAUGGAGCUUGCUUGACUAGAAACGACGGAAAGAGGAGUCUUCUGCUUAUGUACAAAGGAUGUAGGAAGGGGCAUUGGGCGGCGUUGCGUUUGGAAUUGCAUUUGCGCCCGUUUGCUAUAGACUCAAAUGACUCGCCCGCUGCGAGAGGACGUCUGUAAUAUGCGUACAGCAUUGAAAUGGGUA